AUGAACAAAUUCGCUGCAGUACUUGCCAUUACCUUGGCGUCCCUGGCUGCCGUGUCGGCCCAGUGUCCCAGGAUUAUUAACCGUGCCGGUUGGGGAGCUCGUGCCGCCAACACGGCCGUUUUGCCGAAUCGUCCAGCUCCCUGGGUUGUGAUGCAUCACACCGCUGGAGCUCACUGUACCACGGAUGCUGCCUGUGCCCAGCAGAUGCGUAACAUUCAAAACUUCCACAUGAACAGCAACGGAUGGGCUGACAUCGGCUACAACUGGUGCAUCGGUGAGAACGGUGCUGCCUACGAAGGUCGCGGUUGGGGCCGCCAGGGUGCCCACGCUCCGGGAUACAAUGACCGCUCGAUGGGUAUUUGCGUUAUGGGAACCUUCACCAACGCCAUCCCGAAUGCUGCCGCCCGUAAUGCCGCUCAGCAGCUGAUUUCGUGCGGCGUGUCGCAGGGACACAUCAGCGGAUCGUACUGGCUCAUUGGACACCGUCAGGCAAGUGCCACGGCCUGCCCUGGAAAUGCUUUCUUCAACGAAAUCCGCAACUGGCCUCGCUUUAAUCCUAAUGUUUAA